AUGCAAAACAACUCCCCACCGCAGCUACUGAUGCUGCAACAGCAGCACCAACAGCAACAUCAACACCAAGAGCAAGAGCGGGAGCAGCCGCUAGCUGCUGCUUUUGCCGCAGCUGUAGAGGAGGCUCUGAUACAAGAAUCUCCUCAAGCAGCAAAGUGGCUGAGGGAGCCACUUGGGCUCAACGAUGAGGGCUGCCUGGGGGUGCUACAGCUGGAGGAUGGUCGGCAAUUUGGAGGGAUUUCCUUUGGAUUUAAAACAUCUGUUGCAGGGGAGGUUGUAUUCAACACUGGGAUGGUUGCAUACCCCGAAUCCCUGACAGACCCUUCCUAUUCUGGGCAGAUUCUCACGCUGACUUAUCCUCUUGUCGGCAACUAUGGAGUGCCGUCUGGGCGCCGUAUACAUGUCACGGCGCUGUUGGCAGCCGAUUACGUACCAGCUGCUCUCUCCCACUGGAAGGCGGAGAAAAGGCUGGGCGAGUGGUUGGAGAGUGAACGAGUACCAGCGCUGUGGGGUGUGGACACCAGAGCGCUUACAAUUCAUUUACGAGAAUCCGGUUCGAUGCUAGGCAAGGUCGUAGUGUUGACGGAAUCAGAGGAGCGGACGGUGAAGGAAUAUCUGAGGUCUGACACUGCAAAGCAAUCAGCGGCAGACCUGUUGGCACGUGUAACUGCGCAUCAGGCAGUACAGGCUGUACUGUCACGUGCCAGUUCACCGGAUGCCCUAAUGGCACUGCUGCAGCAGCGGGUGGAAAGAGCGGCGAGACUGGAGGCAUGGGUCACUGCCCUUGAGGCAGCAGGCGAUCGUCUGGAAUUCGACGAUCCCAACUGCAGAAACCUGGUGGCCGAAGUCUCUUGCAGGCAGCCUCGCGUCUACGUCUCUCCAAUGAACCCCUUUUGCCACCAGGUGAAAGUUCUGGCUGUAGAUUGCGGUAUGAAGAUGAACAUCUACAGGCAAUUCCUGUACACGGACUUCAAAGGAUGCAACGUUGUCCUUAAGGUUGUCCCAUGGGACUACGACUUCACCUCGGAUGACUACGACGGCCUUUUUAUUAGUAACGGCCCGGGAGAUCCCUCCCUAUGUCGGCCGACUAUUUAUAACAUCGCGAAGGCUUUGCUCCAGGAGAAGCCUGUAUUCGGUAUUUGUCUUGGAAAUCAGCUACUGGCCCUGGCUGCAGGGGCGAAGACUUACAAAAUGAAGUUUGGGAACAGGGGCAUGAACCAGCCCGUAGUGGACUUGCGCACGACCCGUUGCUACAUGACGGCGCAGAAUCAUGGCUACGCUGUUGAUACAGCGACUCUCCCCGAAGACUUCACACCACUAUUUGUAAACGCGAACGACAGAAGCAACGAAGGAAUUUCUCAUCGCUUUAUGCCUUACUUCUCUGUUCAAUUUCAUCCGGAGGCGUCCGGGGGUCCAACGGACACGUUUUUUCUUUUUGAAGAGUUUAUCGACUCCUUACGGAGACAGCAGCAGCGCAUCGUUGCAAGGACGCUGUACACUAUACCAUACCAGUUUCCCGGUGGCUUUAGAAAGGUCUUGCUGCUUGGCAGCGGGGGCCUAAGCAUAGGGCAGGCGGGGGAGUUCGACUACUCGGGAUCACAGGCUAUAAAAGCCCUCAAGGAACACAACGUAUUCGUCGUGCUAGUCAACCCAAAUAUCGCCACAGUCCAGACCUCCAGGCAAAUGGCUCACAGGGUGUACUUCGUCCCGGUGACGCCACAGUUUGUAACGGAAGUGAUUGACCGUGAAAGACCGCAAGGGGUCCUCUGCUCUUUCGGGGGACAGACUGCCCUGAACUGUGUCGUCGAUUUGUACCGCUCCGGGAUUUUGGCGAAGUACGACUGCCAAGUUCUCGGAACCCCAAUAGAGACCAUUAUUGCUACCGAAGACCGGGAGCUAUUUGCGCGAAAACUCCAAGAGAUAGGGGUGGAGGUGGCGCCAUCAGCAGCAGCUAGGGAUUUGGAGGAGGCAGUUGCAGCAGCAAAACAGCUUGGAUACCCAGUUCUAAUACGCGCGGCAUUCGCACUUGGUGGCCUCGGGUCAGGCUUUGCCGAGGACGAGACCUCUCUGCGCCGCUUGUGCACGGAUGCUUUUGCACACUCGAGCCAAGUAUUCAUAGACAGGAGCCUGAAGGGUUGGAAGGAAAUCGAGUAUGAAGUUGUUAGGGAUGCGAAGGACAACUGCGUGACCAUCUGUAACAUGGAAAAUUUGGACCCCCUAGGAAUCCAUACAGGCGAUUCCAUUGUUGUUGCUCCUUCCCAGACAUUAAGCAACGACGACUUCUUUCGCCUGAGGGAGUGCGCCCUGAAGGUUAUCCGGCAUCUUGGCAUUGUUGGCGAGUGCAACAUCCAAUAUGCGGUGGACCCGAAGUCUGACAAAUUCUACAUAGUGGAGGUGAACGCGCGACUGUCUCGCAGCAGCGCGCUGGCAUCCAAGGCUUCCGGCUACCCGCUGGCGUACAUUGCCGCGAAGCUUGCACUAGUGCAUGCAUACAUACGCAGGGGGGAGUGUAGAAACGGAAGUAGCCAAGUAGAAAGUGAAAGAAAGUUUGAUGACGCGGAUCCGUUCAUGGGCUCGGCAAUGAAAAGCGUCGGUGAGGUGAUGGCGAUAGGACGGACAUUUGAGGAAUCACUGCAGAAAGCGCUGAGGAUGGUUAGCGGGGACGCUACUGGGUUUGACGAGAAGUUGUGCCCUGAUAUGUCCCGUCGGGAGGGGAAUGAGCUGCUUUCGAGUCGGGGGAGAUUGGAGCAGGAACUGGCACGCCCGUCGGCAAAUCGAAUUUGGGCUUUGGCGGAAGCGCUAGCGCGAGGUUAUAGUGUGGAGCGACUGCAUGAGCUCACCCACAUAGACCCUUGGUUCCUUUCUAAGCUGGAGCACAUUCAGCAGUUAAAGGAAAGCCUGUCGAAGGUCUCUCUAGCACAGCUGACUAGCGCGGACCUCUUCUAUGUCAAAAAAUACGGGUUUAGCGACCGCCAAAUUGCAACCUAUGUAGGUGGGGGCCCUGUGGAGGGCCUGCGGGUGACAGAGGAGGAUGUGUGGAGAUACAGGAAGGCGCUGGUCGUGGAGCCAUAUAUAAAGCAGAUCGACACGUUGGCUGCAGAGUUUCCAGCGCAGACAAACUACCUCUACUUGACCUACCACGGCGUUGAGGAUGAUGUGGAGCCCCUGAAUACCACCGAUUUGCCACCAGUCCUUGGUCCUUGGGGUGGAGGCCACCAAGAAAGCGCACAGUUUACGACGCCUUCAGCACAACGCCAGCAGUCACAGCAGCAGUGGCAAUACCAGUGGCGGCAGCAGCAGCAGGUGCUCUGGCAGCAGUGGCAGCAGCAGCAUGGGCAGCAGCAUCUGGAGAGCCAACAGCACUUACUUCAUCCCCAGAGUCAGCAGCAGGAGCAGCGGCCUGAUGGCCGGGAGGGGGACGCAGGGCGGCAGGAUGGGCAGACUGAGGAAAAAAAGGAGGAACAGCCUGUGGAGCAGCUCCGUGAAGCUGAACAGCUUGGUGACCAGCAGCGUGAGGGACACGACCUAGAUCAACAGUUGCACCAAGGUAUCCAGCAGCAACUUCAGCAGCAAGUCCGGGAGCAGCUGCAGGAGCUGCGCGAGUUGAGAGGGCAUCUGCCCCGAGCUCUUGGGCAGCAAACGCAGCAGCCACUGCAAUCUCCAACUCCUGAGCCUUCUAGGGAUACGUUGAGGUUAACGCCCGGAGCAGAGCGUGGACAGGGUUCAGUUCUGGGUAGCCUAUGCAGCUCAAGACAGACGGUGACGACGAAGCAAGUGGAAGGACCUGUCAUAUGCUGUUACGUCGUGCUAGGUUGCGGUUGCUACUGCAUCGGUAGCAGCGUGGAGUUCGACUGGUCUGCAGUGUCUUGCAUCUCAACGCUCCGUUCGUUGGGUCAUAAGGCGAUCGUGGUUAACUGUAACCCAGAGACAGUAUCCACAGACUACGACGUCAGCGACCGCCUGUAUUUCGAGGAUUUGACGCUUGAGACUGUCUCCACCAUUUGGGAUCUGGAGCAGCCGCGGGGGAUGAUCAUUUCUGUUGGAGGUCAAACGGCCAACAACUUGUGCAGCGCACUUCAAAGGAGGGGCGUUGGAACGAACGUCAGCUCCAUCGAUUGCUGUGAAGACCGACACAAGUUUAGCAGGCUGUGUGACGAGUUGCGGCUAGAUCAGCCGGGCUGGAGCGAAUUUUCGUCGCUUGAAGCAGCGAGGGAAUUCAGCAACAAGGUGGGCUUUCCUGUCCUUGUAAGGCCUUCCUAUGUUUUGAGCGGUGCGGCGAUGCGAGUGGUUACGAAUGAUCAGCAGUUGAGGGAAUUCUUGCAGGUCGCAGCUGUUGUUUCUGGCGACAACCCGGUCGUAAUAUCCAAAUUUGUCAGCAACGCAAAAGAGGUAGAAUUCGAUAGCGUUGCUAACAACGGCGAGAUCCUCAACUACGCUAUUAGCGAGCACGUCGAAAAUGCGGGCACACAUUCGGGAGAUGCCACUUUGAUCCUACCGGCGCAAACACUCUAUGUGGAGACGAUCCGGCGGGUGAAGAAAAUAGCCCAGAAACUUGCGAGGGCCUUGCGCGUGUCGGGUCCAUUUAACAUCCAGUUCAUCUGCAAGAACAACGAAGUGAAAAUCAUUGAGUGCAAUUUGAGGGCGUCUCGCACUUUCCCAUUCAUCAGCAAGUGCUUUGGCGUGGACUUCAUUGAACAAGCUACAAAGGUGAUGGUGGGAGCGCCGGUGACAGCAGAAUCAAUUCAUCUGACGGAUUUGGAGUUUGUCUGUGUGAAGGUCCCGGUCUUCUCCUUCAGCAGACUUAGAGGCUGUGAUCCUCUCCUCGGCGUAGAAAUGCGCAGCACAGGCGAGGUAGCUUGUUUCGGGGCAGACAAGCACGAGGCCUUUUUGAAAGCAAUGGUUUCUGCAGGCCUGCGGCUACCUUUAAUGAGGCGUUCUUUAAUGCUCGUAACAGGUCCUCGAUGGUCCAAGGUAGACUUCUUCCCUUUCGCACUUAAGCUUGUCAAACUUGGGUUCACAAUCUACGCAACGGAAGGAACGUACAACUUUUUGCGGAAGAGCUUAAGAGGAUGCUUGGAAGCGGUUUCUGAGGAGGCUGGGAGUGCGCAGAGGAAUACGGAGCCGUGGAGCAGUUUGGCAGCUCCGGUAGAGAGUGGGGAGGAAUUGGAGACACCACCUGGAGAGAUGGUCCUCAGUGAGAUAGAAAAGCAAAUUAUUCCAGUCUCCAAAGACGGGAACAGUGCUGAGGCAGGAGGCCAAGAUCUGCUCACUGCGACGGAUGUCAUCAAGAGGGGUCUUGUAGAGUUAGUUAUCAACGUUCCAGGCCGGGCGCACCACCGGUCCGUAUCUGCGGGUUACAUUAUUAGGAGAACGGCCGUCGAUGCUGGUGUGCCUCUGCUAACGGACUUGAAGUUGGCUUCGUUUUUUGUCGAGAGCCUGUCCAAGAAGAUCUCGCGGGAAAGGGGCAGGAAGCGCUUUUGGGAGGUCCGCUCUUGGGACGAGUAUCAGCCGUGA